AUGCAUUCUCAGUCGAGUCGGAGUGGAAGCCGUAAGCACGGGAGGCGAAGUGACAAGAAGGACAAAGAUCACAAGCCAAGACAAUCCAGUGGGAGACAGGAGGCCGUCCCUGACAUCUACUUCAGUUUUCUCUUUGUAGUGAACGAACUCAAUAUUCUUGAUGGAUACAACCUUGGCGAUUCCUGCGGCAACACUCGCCCACCUGACUCCGCCGAUGGCUAUGGUGAGGAGAGAGCGGGCAUUGUUUGGCGGUAUACGGACGGGGUCAUCGCUCCGGCUGGAAAUGAAUUCUUCUGGAACCGUGAGGCAAUGGGACGUCCUGGGGCAAUUUGUUCUCAGCUACUUGGAGCGGAAGAGCCGACUGCCCUGCAGGAAUACAAGACUUAUAGCGUCUUCAACUGUUGGCGGUUCCUUCCUUGCUUGGUUACCAACGUUGAUAUAUCAGCUGUGGACGAGCCCUAUCCAGGUGGGUUUCACAGCAUCGCCUUUGAAAAGCCAGACCAAACAGCCCCAGGUGUUACUCGGAUCGUCUCUCCCGGCGGCCCCCAAAGACAUGUAUCUGGAACCCAGCCGUCUUGGAUACCCCAUCUCCUGCCACACACAUUCGCCACGCCGGAUUCUUCAGCUCCCCGAUCCAUAGGUUUGGGCGGUGAUUUGCCUAUCAUCCUCGCCCUCUUGGCUCUGAUGAAAAGGCCGGGAGACACAGAGCGAGUUUUCUGGGAUGGGCUCUGGAAUAGGAACGGAUUUCAUGAGCGGCGAUCUUCUCGUGCUGACCCUGAUCCCACUGGUUCUCCGAGAGGUGUAAUGGUGCAGAUCUGUUGUGAUUCCUGCAAUGACAACUCGACUACGGAGAUGAUUGAAGGGUUCGAGGCCAGAUGCUGCGUCAUCUUCGGCUGA